GAUGAAAAGAUGCCAUAUGAUUUGUAUAGUUAUAUAACUAAGGAUAUAUGGAAGGAAUUUGUGAAGAUACGUACCUCCGAAGAAGCUGAGGAAAUAAGUGAGAAAGCAAGACAAAGUCAAUCUUUCAACAUAUAUCCUCAUCAUAUGGGACAGAAAUCAUAUGCUGAAAUGACAAGUGAAUGGCAGAGAAAAGGGUACAUUCCCUCAGUUUCUUCGUCAUCUGAAGGUUCCUCUGCGUCUACAAUUUCUUCAAGUUUGCCGAGUAGGACAUGUUUAUGGCUUCUUGCAAGAUCGGUACCAGAUGAGAAAGGAAAUCCUUACUUGCCGGAUGAGGGCACACAAAAGGUCAAAGAAAAUAUUGAUGAAUGGAAAAGGAAACAAGAUGAAGGGGAAUUUGUUCCCAAAAGUGCACGAGAUGAUGUCUUAUCUCGUGCACUUGGUAAGACUAAAGAAGGGAGACCACUAACAUUUGGUGGUGGAGUAGGCAUCAAAGCUGUGUGGGGGACCGGAGAGCGGCGUAGCUUUCGACGGUAUGGAGAUGCGGAGAUGGAGGAAAUGGAAGCAAGAGUGACCAAAAGGGUCAAAGAUGAGACAAUACAAGAGAUGAAUUCCAAGAUGGAUGCCAUGGUUAUGGAGAAAUUUAUCACAUUUGCUAAAGAACUUGGUGUCCAAAUACUAAGCCAGAUGAGGAUAGACACAAAUGUUCAUAGUAGUUGUCGUUCCGGGGGUUUAGAUCCAUUUGCCGACAUUACGGUAUGA